AAUCCAAGUUGCACAAUCAUACUAAUUACAUGUAAAAAAAUAGAAUAUAAUUUCUCAAUACUUUCUCUUCAAGAUGAUAUAGAAUUAUUAUUGUGUUCACCUUCAUCGGUGAAUACAUAUGUUAUUUGAGAAAAAACUGAGGAUUUGACCGGAAUUUCAUAUCCACCGGCCGGAGCUUCACAAUGAAGCAAUCGGAUAGAAAAUUAUGUAUAUACUAUAAUCAUCAUCAUUAUACACUACUAGUAGUUUACAUGAUGUGGUUAUUGAGCAUGAAUAUAGUAGUAUUGGGGAUCCGAAUUCCGGAUCGGAUCCAAAAAGAUCCGAAAGAUGAGGUGGUAGUGAAAACAGCAGUGUUUGGUUUGGGAAGCUUCUGGAGAUCUGAAUCGGUGUUUGGUUGCUUGGAUGGUGUUGUACGGACCGCGGUUGGUUACGCCGGUGGAUCCAAAACUAAUCCUGAGUAUCGUAGCCUUGGUGAUCACGCUGAGUGUGUUAAGAUUGAAUAUGAUCCUAGGGUAAUCAAUUUCAGGCAGCUUUUGGAGGUUUUCUGGUCAAAUCAUGAUUCUCGGCAAGUAUUUGGGCAAGGUCCUGAUGUUGGUAAUCAAUACAGGUCUAUCAUCUUUACUAAUGGAACUGAAGAGUCCAGAUUGGCUACCUUAAGCAAAGAACGAGAGCAAAAUAGAUUAAAGAGCAGCAUUGUGACCACUCAAAUUCAACCACUUGGCCCUUUUUAUCCUGCUGAGUCUGACCAUCAGAAGUUUGAGUUGAAAAGGAACCACUUCCUUCUCCAGCUGAUUGGAAACUUGCCUGAAGAAGAGCUUCAAAGUUCCAGCUUGGCGGCGAAACUAAAUAGCUAUGCAGCAGAGCUUUGUCCAUGGAGAACUCAAAAGAGACUAGAUGCAAAGAUUAACGAUAUUGUGAGGAAAGGCUGGCCUAUUCUUCAAGACUUAUAAUGACACCAUUCUUUUUUGAGUUGCCGAGUCAUUAGGAGCUGUGGAGAGCAUGAGGUCUCAGAUUUUUUAUUUGUAGGUUUUCCAAGCAGCUUUCUGUUUGGGUAGAUAUCCAAUAUACUUAAAUCAGGCAGUGUCGUAGUUAUUCUUUAAAGAAUCCGGAUUGUAUUAUUAUCUUCACAUCUAGUUGUUUUAUUUUUAGAUUAAAUUUUAGGGGGCGAGGAUCUAAACAAGUGCCCUACCCAAGUGUUGUAUGCUAUUUACAGUUCUUUCUCUUGGUAGGAAGAGAAAACAACAGCAAAUUCUUAAUCUUAUAUAUAUUUGUUAUAAAUUGUUCAAUCCAA